AUGAUUUCUCAAAAGAAGACAGAAGAGCAUCCUUUUGCAGAUAUAUUUGAUGAAGAUGAAACGGAAAAAGAUUUUUUGUUGUCCAAACCUGUUUGCUUCAUUAUAUUUGGGAAACCAGGAGCUGGGAAGACAACAUUAGCCAAUCAGAUAGCACAGACAUGGAAAUGUGUUCGUGUUGAAGCUUUACCUAUUUUGGAGGAAAUGAUUGCUACUGAAUCUGAAUCAGGAGCUAUGCUGCGGUCAAUGCUGAUCAGUGGUAACAGCAUUCCAGAUGAACUUGUCACAAAGCUAAUGUUGGAGAAGCUCAACUCCUCAGAAGUCUCUCACUUUGGUUAUAUUGUCACUGAAAUACCAUCACUUUCAGAGGAUGCCAUGACGGUUUUGCAGCAAGUUGAAUUAAUUAAAAAUUUAAAAUUGAAGCCUGAUAUUAUAAUCAAUAUUAGGUGCCCUGACUAUGAUUUAUGCCAAAGAAUUUCUGGGCAAAGACAGCACUGUAAUACAGGGUACGUAUACACUAGAGAUCAGUGGGAUCCUGAAGUCAUUGAGAGUCGGAGGAAAAAGAAGAAAGACACCCAUAAAGAAGGAAAAACCGAAGAGGAAGGAGAAGAGGAAGAAGAGCAAGAGGAGGAAGAGGCGUUUAUUGCUGAAAUGCAGAUGGCAGCUGAAAUUCUUCAUCAUCUAGUUCAGAGGCCGGAGGAUUAUUUGGAAAAUGUCGAAAACAUUAUUCAACUUUAUAAGGAAACAAUCCUUAAUUGUUUAGAAGAAGUAAUGGCUGAACAUAAUCCCCAGUUUCUCAUUGAGCUAGAUGGAAAUAAGCCACCAGAGGAGCUCUUUAUGGUGAUUAUAGAACGACUUAAAUAUCUGAACCUAAAAAGAGCAGCUGUUGUGACCAAACUUCAGAGUUCAGAAGAAGAAAUGAAUGAUAUAACGGAAACUGACGAGCUAUUUCGUACUCUCUCAGCUUAUAAACUUAUUGCACCAAGAUACAGAUGGCGCAGAAGCAAAUGGGGACGCACAUGUCCUGUGGCUUUAAAAGAAGGUAACAUUUAUUCAGGAUUACCAGAUUUUUCUGUAAGUUUUCUAGGUAAAAUAUACUGUCUUUCAUCAGAAGAAACAUUAAAAACUUUUUUAUUGAAUCCACGUCCCUUUCUUCUUCCACCUAUGCCAAUACCGCCAUGUAAAAUAUUCAUCUUUGGACCUCAAUAUUCAGGGAAAACGACACUUAGCCAUUUGAUUGCAAACUAUUACAAAGGAAAGGUCAUUGACUAUACCACAGUCGUUCAGCCAAUUUUUGAUGCAGCCCGUGAAUCACUAAUAGAAAAUUCUAUAGCCGAGGCCACUGAAGCAGCUAUAAAAGUGGUGAAAGAAAAUCUUCUUGCAGAACUACAAGCUAAAAGACAAGCACACGGUCAAGAAUCUCAAACAAGYACUUCUUUAGAGGACACUGAAGAAGCCAAAAGAAAGUCAGACAAUACCCUUGAUGAGAAAGAAAUCAAUGGAACAUCUUCAGAGCAAAGGCAUUCUCAAGAUCCUAUUCAAAAUCAAGAUUUUAAUUUAGACUCAGAAGAUUCAAUUGAAGAGGUAACUGCAGAUCAUCCAGCAGUUAUUUCCAUGCUUGAAGAGAGUCUAAAAGCAACAUCGGAUAUGAACUUUGAAAAUCCCUAUGAAAAGCAUGCUGAAAUCUUGGAGGAAAUCCUCAAAGAAGUGAUGGAAGAAAAUAAAGAUAGGUUUUCUGGAGCCCCCCAAAAUGGAGGAUGGAUCUUGGGCAACUGCCCUCUUAUAAAGGAACUGUGGAUUGCCUUAACUGAUAGAGGAAUUUUACCUGAUUUGGUAAUCCUUUUAUCAGAUACAGAAAACAAUGGAAAUUUUUUACUUAACAGAAUAUAUCGAAGGCAUAAAUCUGAAAUCAAUGCUAAGAUUUUAGAAAGAUUAUUAGAUGAACUGCAAAAGAAAAAGCAGGAAGAAGCAGCAGAAAGAAGAGCCAAAGAAGAAGAAUUGAGAAUAGAAGAAGAAAAGCAAAUGCUAUUGGAAGCCAUAAACAAGAAAGCAAAAGAAAUUGAUGCUAUUUAUCACGAUCCUGAUGAAGAACUCGAAGGUGAGGACUAUGAUGUCCAUGAAGAAUCUGAAGUGCCUGAAAACAGACCGUCAUUACUACCUGAAGAUUUGGAAAUGCCUGAAACAGAACAUAAAUUAGCCUCUGAGCCUAGUGAGGAUACUACAACAGGAAUAGAAAUUACAAAAGAAUCCAAAGAGAUCAUGGAGAGUAAAGAAUCUGAAACAGUUGUACUGCCUGAGUUUCCAGAAGACACUUAUCCUGAUGUUCCUGAAAUGGAGCCAUUUAUAGAGCAGAUUAAUUCUUUCAAUACCACCUGGAAAACACUGGAAUCAGCAAUUAGUGAGGCUGGCGUUCAAAUUUUAAACUUGGAGAUUUCUGGGAAAACACCAAAGGAACUAUUUGAAAAAGUAGUCAACACUAUGGAAAAACCUUUUCAGUAUAGUGCAUGGGAGUUAACUAUAGAUGAUUAUGAUGAAGAAACAGAAGACUAUCAGGCUGAAGCUGACAUUGAUGAGGAUUUGGAUGAAGAGGAAGAAGAAGAGGAAGAGAGUGAAGAAAGAAUUAAAGAGAAAAGGAGGCAUUUGGGAGACACAAAGUCCUUCUGUCCAGUGGUUCUCAAAGAAAACUUCAUCUUACAACCAUGUAGCACAGAAGAAGCAGCUAAAUACCGUGAAAAGUUCUACUACUUUUCGAGUGCUGAGGCUAGAGAAAAGUUUCAGGAGAAUCCUGAAGACUAUGUGGCUCACAGCGAACCAUUAAAGGCUCCUCCACCAAGAAUAUGCCUUAUGGGCCCCCGUGGCUCUGGCAAAACUGUGUGUGGAAGACAAGUGGCAGAAAAAUUUGGCAUUUUUCACAUUCAGUUUGAAGAAGUUCUUCAAGAAAAAUUACUACUCAAAGCUGAAAGGAAAUUUGGACCUGAAUAUGAGGAAGAUUCUGAUGAGGAACAAGUUGCAAAACAAGAACUUGAAGAACUUGCAGCUCAGGCCAAUGUUACGAUUGAGGAUGAAAAUGCAAAGACACAGCCUCCAGAAGUACAACUUACGGAAGAAGAAGAAAUAAUCAAAUCAAGUCUAGUGGAAAGUGAGCCAUUGCCGCCUGAAAUUCUCGAAGUCAUUCUUUCUGAAUGGUGGUUUAAAGAACCAUUCCGCUCCACAGGUUUUAUACUGGAUGGUUUCCCACGGUAUCCUGAAGAGGCCUUGUUUCUAGGGGACCAUGGAUUUUUCCCAGAUACUGCUGUUUUUAUACAAGUUGAUGAUCAAGAUAUUUUUGAUCGCCUCCUUCCCUCCAAAGUUGAAAAGUGGAAGCAGAAACAAAAGAAGAAAUUGGAAAGGAAAAAACUCAUCAAAGACCUGAAAACAAAAAUCAGAGAUGACAAUAUUGCCAAAAGAAGGGCUGAGCUUAUUGCAGAGAAAGACAAAAGAAAAAAAGCAGAGGGUGGAUUUAGGGAAGAUGAAGAAGUUAGUGAGGAAGAGCCUGACGAUGAUGAAGAUGAUAUUGAAAACACCCUCGAAGAAGAAUUUCCAAAAGAUGAAGAAGAGAUGAGCGAGGAAGAUGAAGAACAGGAAAUUGAUGCAAUUGACCGCCUGAGAAGUGAACUGGGAGAAAAAUUUGAAACAGAAACGAGUAAUUUACAAAUGAUACAGGAUGAAUUUGAGAAGUUUUUAAUACCAAUGAUUCAUAUUAAUGGAGCUCGGAAAAUCCACAUUGUACAAUAUAUAUUGCAUACAAAACUGAAGCCAUUGGUGGAAAAUCGUGAGAGCAUUUUUGAGAAAUGUUAUCCAAUAUCCACACAGCUUGCCGAGAAAAUGCUUACCUUUACCUACAAGUAUAUAAGUUCAUUUGGUUAUUGGGACCCUGUAAAGUUAUAUGAAGGAGAAAUAUUCAAGCCAGUUGAAAAUGCAGAGAAUCCACUUUAUCCUGUAAUCCAUCGUCAGUAUAUUUACUUUUUAUCUAGUAAGGAAACUAAAGAUAAAUUCAUGAAGAACCCAAUCAAAUAUAUACGCCAGCCCAAACCUAAGCUUACUGUGCCUAUUAGGAUUGUAAUUGUGGGACCUCCAAAAUCUGGGAAAACUACAGUGGCCAAAAAACUCGCAAGUGAUUAUGGCUUAAAACAUUUGUCAAUAGGAGAUGCUUUGCGUACUAUAUUGAACAAUCAUGCAGAAACAGAGCUGGGAUUGAUGUUAAAUUGGCAUCUCCAUAAAGGAAUGGUAGCACCUGAUGAACUGGCCAUCCAAGCCUUAGACCUUGCUCUGAUGGACAGUGUGUGCAAUACUUCAGGCGUUGUCAUCGAUGGGUACCCUGUAACUGCAUAUCAGAUGAAUCUCUUGGAAACCAACUCCAUCAUUCCCAUGAUCAUCUUUGAGUUGGACGUGCCUUCCAAGGAGAUCUUCAAAAGAUUGUUCCUGGAAAAAAAAAGUGAACAAAAUUUGCCUUAUCCAUUGCACAACAGUGCUCAGAUUAUAGCUGUCAAGAAUGCAAAGUACCGUAAAAAUAUUGGUGAGAUUAGGCAAUAUUAUCAAGAACAGCAUCAGAACUGGUAUGUGAUUGACGGACUUCACAGUAAGUGGUGGGUGUGGAAUGAAGUCACUAAGAAAAUUUGCAUGAUAAACAAACACAUGCAGACAUACCUGGAAAGAAUACGAGAAGGGAAAGCUGCCCUCAUCGACAAGUUGUGUAUCACACCUCAAGAACUGAUUUCUCGCCUGGGAGAAUUUGGACAGUUCUGCCCUGUCAGCCUGGCAGAAUCAUAUGAAUUAUGUGACUGCUCUGUAACUGACUCCUUGGAAUUUGCAGCAGAGUUCAGAGGUCACUAUUAUAAAAUGAGUUCCCAGGAAAAACUAAAUAAAUUUUUGGAAAACCCAGAAUUGUAYGUGACUCCCUUGGCACCUCAUCCACUCCCACCUGCUGACAGGAUUCCCAAAAGGCUGACGCUGUCAGAGCUGAAGAGUCGAUUCCCCAAGUGUGCAGAACUCCAGGGCUAUUGUCCGGUGACCUAUCAGGAUGGAAAACAAAGAUAUGAAGCCCUCGUACCUGGUAACAUUAAUUAUGCUGUAGAAUACCGUGAUCGUAUAUAUAUUUGUGAGAGUAAAGAAAAACUUGAUAAAUUCCUAAGGUUUCCACUGAAAUACUGGGAUCAGAAGCUUCCACACAAACUACCUCCAUUAAAGGAACCAAUAAACCUUACUAGUCUCCCUUUGCCUGGCUAUCUGGAACAGGGUACUGCAUCUUCUUUAAUUAAAGCAAUGAAUGCAGCAGGAUGCCUGAAGCCCAAAUUCCCCUUCUUAAGUGUACAGAGAUCUGCAUUAUUGUAUAUAGCAUUCCAUCUAAAAGCAUUUAAUCCCAAAGGUUCUGAAUAUACAAGAAAAAAGUAUAAGAAGAAGAUGGAACAGUUUAUGGAGAGAUGUGAACUCAUAACGUACUUGGGUGAUAAGAUGACCAGACAAUACAAGGAACCUCAGUUUAGAGCAAUUGACUUUGAUCAUAAAUUACAGACCUUUCUCUCCCUUAAAAAUAUAGACCCACUUAGUGGAUAG